AUGGAUAUUGAGUAUUUUAGGGCAGAACCUGAAUGCAAAGAACCCAAGCAAGGGGGUAUAUGCGGUGGCAAGCAUACCAAUCCACUCAAUCUCGAUUCAGUCAAUAUAGUUGAACGUAAUUAUCGACGACUCAUUUUCGAGUAUUUCGAAGUUGCUCCAAAAAGCAUUAAAAUACUUAAUAAUGGACACACUGUGGUGGUACGAUUGGAAUACGCGGCUAAACAUCCAUCCAUAAUGGGUGGGCCACUUGAUGGUAUAUACAUUUUCGAGCAAUUGCAGUUUUACUGGUUCAAAAGGGAUGGCGUUGAUGAUGAGGAUCACAAAAAUAAAGUAUUAUUGCCACCAGAGUUGCAUAUGAUUUUUAGAAAUAUGAAGUAUCAAACAUUGGACGAAGCGGCGAUGCAGAGUAAGGGUCUGGCAAUUUUGGCCUAUGCUUAUGAGAUCACAGAAAAUGAUAAUUUAUUUUAUAAAGAGAUCACUGAGCAGUUGUCGCACAUCACUAAACCGCAUACCGAAACCAAAUUUUACGAUGAAAUCGACCUUUGGUGUUUCAUAAACAUUGGAAUGGAAUAUUAUACCUACAUAGGAUCGUUAACCACACCACCUUGCAGUGAAGAGGUGAUUUGGCUUGAUUUCGAGGAACCAACUCGCAUCUCAGUUAGACAGGUGGAACGUUUUCAUCGUCUGUAUUCGAUUGACAACACCCAAUUGCCUACAAGUUUCCCACGCUUGCAACCGCUCAAUAAUCGCACCGUCCUUUAUGUGACUCUACAAGACUACUCUGAUGAAGAUGACUUGGAAAUUCCAAGUGCAAUACCUUUUGUGGAUAAUUUGAUUGGUGGUGCAUCCAUGCGGAAACCUAUUGAAAUCAGUUUCGUGGUCACAAUGCUGUUAUUAAGUUUAUUAACAACAAAAGUAGCGGCAUUCUUAAUGGCUUAAGUAACGUAAAGAGAAUUUUAUAAAGCAAUUUCAUUGCCUAUUAUGUGUUUGUUAAUUCAUUGGAAAUUAAUGGCUUAAUUCAACGCUUAAUAUUUAUUACC